CAUCAAUUCAUUUCAAUACCAUCAAUGAACUCCCCUCCAAUUCUAGAAGAGAUACAGGUCAUCAACCCCUAUGAUGACAACAGCUUUAUCAAGGAAGAGCACAGUCAUUGCUUGUGGCAGGGGGACCCCACCCGGGCCGUUGAUCUUCCAGCCGAAAAUGACCGAGGCACCAACUUCAAGCCUUUCCAUGUAGAAACACGCAACUUUCGCAUCAGCCCACUGCCUCCAACGCCUCUGCAACUAUUCCAGCUUUUCCUACCCAUAUCGCUCGUUGAAAAAUGGGUAUCUUACACCAAUUCAUGGAUCAUGUGGCUCAAAGAAAACGGCGUCGUUGACAGCUGGAAGAACCCGAUGGGGACGACCUCAAAACUGCACAAAUGGGAAGGAACAACGGCCUCAGAGGUAUUGACGACGAUAGGUGUGCUAAUUUAUAUGGGUGUGCAUAAGGAAAAGACGAUACGAAGCUAUUGGAAUCCCCCUAAGCCCGGUGAUCAACGCCCUGCGCACUCAUUUAUCAAGUUCAUGCCAUACAACAAGUUUCAGCUCCUCCACAGGCACCUUCGUCCCUUUGAUCACACCAAAUAUGACGAAACGGCACCUAUUCCGAAGGUAUUUCAAUGCGUUGAAGAGUGGUCUGACCACAUACAGGCCGUAUCUAUGCAGAUUUUCCGGCCCGGGUCUCACCUUGCCGUCGAUGAGUGCAUAAUCCGCUAUACGGGCAAAAGCCAUGACAUAACGGUCAUCAGAGGCAAGCCUAACCCCGUAGGCUUCAAGAUAUGGGUCAUCGCUCAAUGCGGCUUCUUUAUUCGGUGGAUUUGGCACGUUAAGAAGAAACCACACGGUGCCGCUGGCGUUGAAAUUUCAACGCAAGAGUCAUCAUCGCAAGGCCGGUCAAGCAAGCGAAGAAAAGUCUCAGUCGAAGCCCCUGAUACAGAAGACGAGACUUUCUUACCGAAUUCGACUCAGGCUAUCGUUGUUUCCCUUGCAAAUAUGCUGCCAAAAGCGACAUAUCACGUCUUUGUGGAUAACCUCUUCUCGUCGUCUCCCCUCUUCCGCAACCUCCGCAACUACGGCCUCGGAGCCACAGGCACGGCUCGCACGAAUAGCGGCAUCCAUAAGGAACUCAUACAAGAUAAGAACAAUGACGGCAAAGUCAGGAAAAUGUACGAAUUUAAUACGGUCAAGGCGAUACCAACCCCUGACAACCAGGUCAACCAAAUCGCUUGGAAAGACAAUAAGCUUGUAUUAUUUUUGACCACCGUGUUUACUGGUGCCGACGAUGAGCGUGUCAUCCGGCAGAGGAAGAAGCCGUCAUCACGGAAGUCAGAAGCCAAGCCAAUACGCCGCUUUUUCGGUGACGAAGCUGUCAAGAUGAUCAACAUCCCGACAGUGGCUGCUGAGUAUAACGACCAAAUGAAUCACGUUGACCGUGGUGACCAAUUGAGGUCAUAUUAUAAACACUUUGAUCUUGAAAUGCGGACACAAUGCCACAUAUUAGCUGUGGCCCCUAUUCCCAUCAAUCUUCCUUCCCAUGUCGCACUUGCCUUCCUCCAGACCUAUAUACCAACCAUGACCCAGGUUCCCGACUUCAUCAGUUUUUCCGAAAUCCCUGCCGACCCUGCCCUUAUUUCCGACGACCCAUUCUUCGGGCCUUGGGAUAAGACUGUACGUGCGUAUACGGUCGACGAGGUCAUCCAUCUCGCCCCCGGCCUGACCAAGGUUUCCCGAUGGCCUGCAGUCUAUCAGAGCACUCCUGAUGGUAUUCGAGUUCGUGGUAGCACUGCCGCUGGCGUAAUUUCCUGGACGAAGUGGACCGUUCGUCGGCGCCAAGAUGGCAUGUCCCCUACAGGCUCUGAUACCACCUCUAGCUCAACAACCUACGUCGCAGAGCAGUGGGAGCUCCACGCAGACCUCACCAUUGAGGCUAAUAGGCUUUUAAUGCCAUUUGUUUCAUGGUAUGCUCCUAAGGUCAUGACCCAGCUUUGUCAAGGGGUUAUGGACGAAUUAGUUCGGAGAUACUUUAAAAUGCCAGUUAAAGAGUUACAAUAA